UUCCUCAUCGGACAGUGAAGCCACGGGAAGUUGUUGUUUCCCAAUACCAAAGUGGGUGCCCUUAUGAUGGAGCCCUUCAGAGAAUUGUUGGUGAAGUUUCUCAUUCCAGAAAAAUGUUUCGAUGAGUUUUUUGUCAACUUCAACCUUCUGGACGUGCCCUGCUUGAAGAUCCUUCUUAGUAAAGGACUGGGAAUCGGCAUCAUCGCAGGCUCUGUGAUGGUGAAGCUGCCUCAGAUCUUCAAGCUCUUGGGAGCCAAGAGUGCUGAGGGGCUGAGUUUCAACUCCAUCCUGCUUGAACUGCUGGCUAUCACAGGAACCAUGGCCUACAGCAUCGCAAACAGCUUCCCCUUCAGUGCGUGGGGAGAGGCGCUCUUCCUGAUGCUUCAGACGGUUGUCAUUGGCUUCCUGAUCCAGCACUACAGGGGGAAUGCUUUGCGAGGUCUUGGGUUUAUAGCAGUUUAUUUAGCCUUGGUCUCCUUGUUGCUGUCGCCCCUUACCCCCAGGUCUGUUGUCACGACGAUGCAAGCCACAAAUAUGCCAGCCGUUGUAAUCAGCCGGUUGAUCCAGGCUGGCACUAACUUUCGCAAUGGGCACACAGGCCAGCUGUCUGCUAUCACAGUGUUUCUGCUGUUCGCAGGAUCCCUGGCCAGAAUAUUCACCUCUGUGCAGGAAACGGGUGACCCCCUAAUGGCGCUGACGUACGUGGUGUCUUCAUGUUGUAACGGGAUCAUCGCGGCCCAGCUGCUCUACUACUGGAACGCCAGGCCAGCCGACGAGAAGAAGCGCCAGUGAAAGCAGAAACAGAAACCGAACAGACUGGAGGAGUAAGAAAGCGGGCUCGAACACCAGCAGCCUCCCCGUGUUCUUACAAGACUCUUACUAAGACUUCCUGCGUUUCAUAUUCCAUUUACUUUGUUUCUGUCCCUUUUAUCUUUUAGUGAUCCCUCUCAGUGGGUUAUGUUUCUCCAGUGCCAAGCUUUUUCUCUAAAUCUGCCUUUCCUGCCUUGCUGAGCUAGUCUGGACAAUCCUAAGUGCCAGGACUGAGCAGCCGUCCUUGUUCCAUACAAUGUGAUGACUCGGCUCUGCCAGCCCCACCUGCUCUACAUUGAAAGACACACGAUUUGAAUGGAGAGAGGCAGGCUGUUCAGUCCUGGUACUUCGGAUUCUCCAGAGAAGCUCAAAGCAGCUCAAAGAAGGGAAUGGCAGCUUUAAAACAAGAACAGUACUGGAGCAACAGAGCCCAGAACCACUCUGAAUGAUUGCAAACACCAUCAAAUAGAAAAGGAAACUGGGACUGCUUAUUGCUUUCAAAUCUCAAAUAGGGAAUCUAAAGGGACAAUUUUUUUUUUCAGAAAGAUAAAAAACAAUAAUUUGGAGUCCUGGGUUUCAGAACUGCCCUUAAAGUCUAUAAUUUCAAUGAUCAGGAGUUUGAUGCUAAAUGCAUUGUUCCUCCCUUACAGCUCCUGUUAGUAAUCCUACAGACUCACAGACUUAUUCAUGCUGUGAUAUGAGAAUCGGUUCAUUCAGAGCAGAUUGAUCUGAUUGUUCAAACUCCCAGCACCUGCCUGGUCGUUGCAAUAAUAUACCUGAACACGGAGCUGGAUUUCUGAACCGCAGAACUAGCGAGAGUAAGAAUAGGCUUGUGAGAAUAGUAGAGGCUGCUGAGAGUGAGGGAGGGUUUUUAGAGACUUGCUCAAUAACCUUUUCAAAAAUAACAUUCCUAAAGUUAACUUUGGUUGCUGCUGAAGAUUAUAGCAGUCCGAGUAAAAACGAAAAUUUUAAACUGCUCCACAGUCCUGUUCAAUCACUAAACUACGGUUCUAUGUAUCCCUGUCUGCAGCAGGUCUAACUAGAAGCAAGGGUUCGACAAAUUCCUUAGUUGUGAUUCCCUGAGUUGUUUGUCAACUAGUCUUUCUACAGGCUUUUGUCCAGUUUGAUUACAUUCCCAGGAAUAGGCACACGCAUUCUCCUACAGAUUGCACAGGAAAUGCUGUUGCACCAGAAUGCAACAACAGUGUUUAAUUCAAGAGAGUUGUGUUUCAAAUAUCACCCCACAUUUAAAAAGGAGGGCCAGUGAUAGUGUUGCUAAUUCUAAUCAGGUAGAUUUUAAAAUAUUAGUUAGCGCUCUUUUUAAAGUAAUUGUAGCUCACAAAAAUAAUGACCUGUUGUGUGAGCUACGUAUUUCUCAAAUGUGUUUUCAUUUUAAAACAUCCGGUAGGCCAACUACUGUUAAAGAAACUUCUCAGUUUCCAUACCACCUUCUCAGGACGCAUGUUACACUUACUGCGUCGUUUCACCCAGCAAGUCGGUCAAUAGGAGAAGCAGCUGAUUGGUUAAUGACAGGAAAGAAGCCUUUUAAGCGGUGUGGGCAAUUUCACCCUGCAGGUGACCAAGGAAGUGUAACACUAUUUGAAAGCAUGGCUUGCAAACAGAGAUUUCUUCAACCAAGUGUAGUACCAGAUAUCAUGUUUUAAGACUAAAUUACAUUCUUUUAAAAGUCCACAGUUGAGACCGAUGGAAGGGUGCAGGUAAGAUUUAUGGAGUUACUUCGUUAGCUACAGUACAACCUCUUUCAGGGGAACGCUGCACUCCCUAUUGUCUGUUUUUACUUGUUCUGAGUGCUGUGAAGAGGUUUGAGUUUUGAAAUUACAGAGAGGGACCUACAAGGGAUCAGUGUGACCAACAUAUUAGAUACAUGACUGACAGGGUGAUUCAUAAGAAAAAAAACAUUGUUAUAGACCAUGAACAUUGUUGACUAGGUUCUGCGUGUUGGUUUGUCCAUUUCAAGUAUUCGCCAGUAAAAAUGAACCGUUUUUCUGCCACAUUGCUUUAACCCAGGGGUUCUCAAACCCGGUCCUGGGGACCCCCUGUGUCUUCUGGUUUUUAUUCCAACUGAGCUCUCAAUCACUUAACUAAACCCUUACUUGAAUUAACAAUUUGUUUAAUUAGUCCUUUUUAAUUGUUUUCAUCUCCUAAAAAGCUGCAGAGUUCAAGUGGUUAUGCAACUAUUUAAGAUCUGAAAAUAAUUAAAAAUGUCUAAUUAAGCAAAAUAGGAGACUGUGUGGUCCAGUGGUUAAUAAAUUCCUUCACUUGCAUCCAAUAUUUAUUCAGACACUAUAAAUUCCAAUAUCUAUAGUUUUAUAUGUGCUGUGUGGUCGAGUGGUUAAAGAAACGGGCUUGUAACCAGGCGGACCCCGGUUCAAAUCCCACCUCAGCCACUGACUCAUUGUGUGACCCUGAGCAAGUCACUUAACCUCCUUGUGCUCCGUCUUUUGGGUGAGAUGUAGUUGUAAGUGACUCUGCAGCUGAUGCAUAGUUCACACACCCUAGUCUCUGUAAGUCGCCUUGGAUAAAGGCGUCUGCUAAAUAAACAAAUAAUAAUAAUUAAGCGUAUAGUUAAGUAAUUGAGAGCUCAGUUGGAAUAAAAACCAAAAGGCACGGGUUCCCUGGGACCUAGUUUGAGAAGCAAGAAACCAUCACCUACAUCAACACAUCCAUCAGAUACACUUAAAUAACAUUCUACUAUAAAACAUAUUCACAAACACAUGGCUGUCUGUCUGCUUUUAAACCUGAAAUGAAAUGUUACCAUUUAUGAAUCGCCCUGUCUAUCACUGUACUUUUGCCUUGUCGUUUUGUGUGUCUGUCUGUGCAAUUCAAGAACUUGAAAGUUUUAAUAAAAAAUAAAAUUUAAAUAAAGGUGA